AUGAUGGACAAAGAAACCAAGGCCGCUGAGCGCGCAAAGGCGGACAAAGCAGACAAGUCCGAUGCAAAGGAUCGUGAUAAAGAUCAUGGAACGACCACGACCAAUUCCAAGAGCCCUAAGAAACGCCGCAAGGUGAACCAUGCUAGCAUCGCUCUGAUCUUGCGCAUGUGUAUCAAGCGUAACAUUGGCCACCUUUGCCAUGACGAGCCCCGUGAUGCGGACGCGAAGAAGACGAAAAAUGGCAAGACUUCAGCUCCCGUAGAGGAGUCUGACACCCAGUCACAAGCACCAUCAGACGUGGGCCGUAGUUCGAUAUCAAGCAACAUGGGCCCACCGACAUUCGACGGCAUGCGGCAGCGCUCUGCAUCAGGAUUCAGCGCUGGUGGUGUUCUCGGUCAAGGAAAUGCAAUGCCGUUGGUAACACCGAAUGCCAGCUCAGGCUUACAAGGGAACGGCCUAAACAACAGCGGCACAGGCAAUGCGAAUCAAUUUUCCGGAAUCUCGGAUGCUUGGCUCACAGCACAGAAUUUCAAUGAUAUGAACUCCUACAACCCAAACUACAUGAUCGCUCCCCAUGUUACACAUGAAUUCAACUUGCUCAACGACUUUCUCCACAACGGCUUGUUAGAUGAUAAUAAUCUGACUGGAGACGAGACUAGGCAACUUACGGCUCUUGGGCGAUUAGGACAAUCUGACAUGCUGUCAGGCUUUGGAAGCAGUGCUGGCCUAUCGACAGGCGGGUCAGCACCGUCCACCAACCUCCGAGGCAACUUAAUGCCACCGCCACCAAGUGAGGGCAAAGGAGGCAGAAGGUCGGCUAGUUCGACUGCCGACAAGACACGGGAAUAUUAUCUCCAGGCUGCCGAUCCAUCCGGAAACGACACCGCUGAAGACCGCAUGGCCCGUGUUCUCCGCGCCAAGAUCGAUGCGGGGUUACUGAAACCGUUCAACUAUAUCAAUGGGUAUGCUCGUUUGGGUAAAUACUUGGAUGGUCAUAUAGCACCGUCUUCGAAACAGAAAAUCCUUCGAACCAUCAACCAAUUCCGACCGAAGUUCAGAGAGAAGGCUCAGGGACUGACGGACAUGCAACUAAUUAUCGUGGAGAUGUGGUUCGAGAAACAAUUGAUGGACUAUGAUCGUGUAUUUGCGUCCAUGGCUGUUCCUGCCUGCUGUUGGAGGAGAACAGGAGAGAUUUUCAGGGGCAAUAAGGAGAUGGCCGAGCUCAUAAAUGUUCCCGUAGAUCAACUACGAGAUGGCAAAAUUGCUUUGCAUGAAAUUCUGACUGAAGAUUCUAUGGUUAGAUAUUGGGAAGAGUUUGGCACAAUUGCUUUCGACCCUGCCCAUGAUACGUUAUUGACGGCCUGUUCAUUAAAGAACCCUAGCGAUGCGUCAGAUCACCCCGUCGUGAAGUGUUGCUUCUCGUUCACGAUUCGUCGUGACGACCAUAAACUGUGA